AUGGCUACCUCGCAAGGAAUGCAGUUGCAACUACAUCCCAUCAUCAUGAUGCCAGUACUAGUACAAGUAGUGGUGGUGAUAUUGUCAUUAUCAGCGACAACAAUUGCAGCACCACCAACAGAAGCAGAUUUGAAGAAUCAUGGCUGCAUGAACCGUUGUGGGAAUUUAAACAUCUCAUACCCAUUCGGCGUGGAAAAGAAUUGUUAUCUCAGCAAUGAUUUCUUCAUUAAUUGUAGUGAUUCCCGUCCAUAUUUACGGAAUAGCAAUAUCACUAUUUCAAAUAUAUCGCUUGAGGAGGGUGAGCUACGCAUCAUGAAUUACAUAUCUCAUCAAUGUUAUGACCGGUUUGGUACACAACAAAGGAACAACUAUCCAUUACUCAGGACGGGAAAAUUCUCCAUAUCAAAAACCAAGAACAAGUUCACUGCUAUUGGUUGCGAUACAUAUGGAGGAAUCGUAAUACAGGCUGAAAACGAUUCUUUGGUUGUUUCAACCGGGUGUGUCUCAGAAUGUGUAACCAUGCACUACGCUUCUAAUGGAACUUGCUCUGGAAACGGUUGUUGCCAAACCUCCAUCCCAAAAGGAGUCGGCAAAAUUAUUAUUAUUGCAAACAGCUUCAACAAUCAUACAAAUGUAUGGGGCUUCAAUCCAUGUAGCUAUGCAUUUGUUGUUGAAGAAGGUGCAUUUAAUUUCUCCACAACUUAUCUUCAAGAUUUUAAAGAAGAAAUGCUGCCGAUGGUGCUUGAUUGGGGAAUAGGGAAUAAUGAGACAUGCGAAGAAGCUAAAAGAAAUUCUACAAGUUAUGCAUGUGGACAAAAUAGUGAUUGUUAUGAUGCCGAAAAUGUUGCUGGGUAUAGCUGCAUCUGUUCCAAGGGUUACCAAGGGAACGCGUACCUCUCAGAUGGUUGCAUAGACAUAGAUGAGUGUGCAGAUCUAAAUCUCAACCAGUGUGUAGAGGAAAGCAAAUGCUUAAACACGCCUGGGAAUUAUACGUGCUCUUGUCCCAAGAGCUACCAGGGUGAUGGCAAAACAGAUGGAACACGUUGCACUGCUGGUCGAGUUCUUGUGCUUCAGAUUGUGAUUGGUAUUGCCAUUGGUGCUUUGACUGUUUUGGUGAGUAGCUCCUGGUUGUAUUGGAUAUUCAACAAAAGAAGGCACAUGAAGCUUAAAGAAAAGUUCUUCAAGGAAAAUGGUGGAUUAAUGUUGAAACAACAACUUUCUAGACUAGAGAGACCGACUCGGGAAGCGGUCAAAAUCUUUACUUUAGAAGAGCUCAAGCGGGCUACCAACAACUAUGAUGACAAUAGAAUUGUUGGCAGAGGAGGUUUUGGAACAGUUUAUAAGGGAAUUCUAGUAGAUAACACCACAGUGGCCAUCAAAAAAUCGCAAAUUAUGAAUCAAAGUCAAAUAGAGCAAUUCAUCAAUGAGGUGGUUGUGCUUUCACAGAUCAAUCACAGGAAUGUGGUCAAACUCCUAGGUUGUUGUUUGGAAACUCAAGUCCCUUUACUCGUCUAUGAAUUCAUCAUCAAUGGCACUCUCUUUGAGCAUAUACAUAACCACAUCAAAGCUUCUAAUAUGUCAUGGGAAAAUCGUUUGCGAAUAGCUGCUGAAACGGCUGGAGUACUAUCAUAUUUGCACUCUGCAACAUCAAUUCCUAUCAUUCAUAGAGAUGUUAAGUCUACGAAUAUACUCUUAGAUGAUAACUACACUGCAAAAGUGUCGGAUUUUGGAGCAUCAAGGUUGGUUCCACUAGACCAAGAUCAAUUAGCAACAGUGGUGCAAGGAACUCUUGGAUACUUAGACCCUGAGUACAUGCUCACAAACCAAUUGACAGAAAAAAGUGAUGUUUACAGCUUCGGAGUAGUGCUUGUGGAGCUAAUCACCGGAAAGAAGGUGUUGUCAUUUGACAAGCCAGAGAAGGAGAGGAGUCUGGCUAGGUAUUUUCUUUCCUGUAUGAAAAAUGAUCGGCUAUUCCAAGUUAUUGAUGAACAAAUAGAAAUUGAAGGAAUUGUUGAGGAGCUCACAGAAGUAGCUAAUAUUGCAAAGAGGUGCUUAAUAGUAAAAGGAGAGGAAAGGCCUACUAUGAAGGAAGUAGCAAUGGAAUUGGAGGGGUUGAUCAACAAAAAGAUGAAGAAGCAUCCAUGGGUUAAAAUUGAUUUGAAUGGUGAAGAGAGUGAGCACUUGCUUGGUGGGAAGUUAAGUGGGUUUGAGUUAGAUUGUACUACUAGCAGUGGUAACACAACAACAACUGGGUACGAUAGUGUGAGGGAACAUAUGGCGUCGCCAAUGGAUGGGGGGAGGUGAUUUUUAUGUACUGUUGAGUCCACAAUGAUAACAAAUUGGGUGAUGGUUUGUUAUUACCGUCCUUUGUGUUUUGUAAAAUUAUGUGCUUACAUUAGAUCGUUUUGGUUUAAUU